AUGAAUAGCUUAGGAGGAAUAAGGAGUUGGCCGGCGAUUUGGAGAAGCACGACGGCUACUAUGACAACGGCGGAGAGCGUAAGAAAGGUGCCGCAGGUGCUAACAGUGGCGGGAUCGGAUUCCGGCGCCGGAGCUGGAAUCCAAGCCGACCUCAAAGUCUGCGCUGCUCGCGGCGUAUAUUGCGCUUCCGUGAUAACCGCCGUCACAGCUCAGAACACUAAAGGAGUCCAAUCUGUUCAUCUUCUCCCACCGGAAUUCGUCUCCGAGCAGCUGAAGUCAGUCCUCUCUGACUUCGAAUUCGACGUCGUGAAGACUGGGAUGCUUCCUUCCCCUGAAAUCGUCGAAGUCCUUCUUCAAAACCUUUCAGAUUUUCCAAUCCGUGCUUUGGUUGUUGAUCCUGUGAUGGUAUCAACAAGUGGCCACGUUUUGGCUGGCUCAUCUAUUCUCUCCAUCUUCCGAGAGAGAUUACUGCCAAUCGCUGACAUAAUCACCCCAAAUGUGAAAGAGGCUUCUGCUUUACUUGGUGGUGUUGGGAUUGAGACUGUUGAAGAAAUGCGAUCCGCAGCAAAGUUGUUGCAUGAAAUGGGUCCAAGAUUCGUACUUGUGAAAGGUGGUGAUCUUCCUGACUCAUCAGAGUCAGUUGAUGUCUUCUUUGAUGGCAAGGAGUUUCAUGAACUCCGUUCUCCUCGCAUAACUACAAGAAACACUCAUGGGACUGGUUGCACUUUGGCUUCAUGUAUUGCAGCAGAGCUUGCAAAAGGCUCUUCCAUGCUCUCUGCCGUGAAGGUGGCUAAAUGCUUCGUUGACAAUGCAUUAGAUUACAGCAAAGACAUUGUCAUUGGCAGUGGGAAGCAAGGACCUUUUGACCACUUCUUCAGUCUAAAGAAGGAUCCCCAAAGCUCUCGAUGCAGCGGAUUCAAUCCAGAUGACCUGUUUCUAUACGCUGUUACGGAUUCAAGAAUGAACAAGAAAUGGAACCGGUCCGUUGUGGAUGCCGUUAAAGCCGCCAUAGAAGGAGGAGCCACAAUCGUACAGCUGAGGGAGAAAGAAGCCGAGACACGAGAGUUUCUCCAAGAGGCGAAGUCAUGCGUUGACGUGUGCAGGUCACACGGAGUUUGUUUGCUGAUCAACGACAGGGUCGACAUCGCACUCGCUUGCGAUGCUGAUGGAGUCCAUGUUGGACAGUCCGACAUGCCGGUUGAUCUCGUUCGGUCUCUUCUUGGCCCUGACAAGAUCAUAGGGGUCUCGUGUAAGACACCGGAGCAAGCUCAUCAAGCGUGGAGAGAUGGUGCGGACUACAUUGGGUCAGGUGGUGUUUUUCCGACGAACACUAAGGCCAACAAUCGUACCAUAGGACUUGAUGGGCUCAAAGAAGUGUGUGAGGCGUCGAAAUUGCCUGUUGUUGCUAUCGGAGGCAUUGGAAUCUCGAAUGCUGAGUCUGUUAUGAGGAUUGAUGCAUCGAAUCUAAAAGGCGUAGCGGUUGUUUCAGCUUUGUUCGACCAAGAGUGUGUUUUGACUGCAGCUAAGAAGUUGCAUACAACUCUUGAAGAGAGCAAGAGGGAAAUUUGA